AUGUACACCACCCUCGCCCACGCCAAGCAGUUUCUUAUUCCGCACCCAAACGACGCCGUUUCGUCCCCUCUCGGCCUCGAUCUCAACUUUUCCGGCCUCAACAUCCACCGCGAGAACAUGUUCCUCGACGACCCUGAAGCAGACUUCAACAUCACAACCGUGAGUGACACGCGCUACAGUUCGGUGAGGAGUUUUGACGAUCUGAAUCUGUCGCCGGAGGUGUUGAGGGCUUUGUAUGCGGACAUGGGAUACAGGAGGCCCAGUAAAAUUCAGGCAAAUACUCUGCCGAUGAUUUUGAGUCCUCCUUAUAAGGAUUUGGUUGCUCAAGCACACAAUGGUACUGGCAAAACUACUUGUUUCGGGCUCGGAAUGCUUGGCCGUAUCGAUCCCGGUGUUAAAGCUCCUCAGGCACUCUGCAUUUGCCCCACCAGAGAGCUGGCCAUUCAGAUAUUGGAGGUGCUUCAGAGGAUGGGGAUGUACACAGGAAUUAAUAUAGAGUGUGCUGUCCCAUGUGUGACGCCGAGUGCUACAUCUGUUCAUGACCGGGCACCAGUAACGGCACAUAUUGUGAUUGGAACUUCUGGUACGGUGCAUAAGCUUAUUUCGUACAAGAAGCUGGGUGUAAGCAAGUUGAAGGUUCUUGUUUUUGAUGAGGCUGAUCACAUGCUUGCCGAGGAUGGCUUUAGAGAUGAUUCCUUAAGGAUAAAGAAGGAGAUAGAUAAAUUUAGCCCUCAUUGCCAGGUGCUUUUGUUUUCUGCUACAUUUAAUGAAAUGAUCACAAAGUUCAUACCGAGGGUGAUGAAAGAUUAUAAUCAACUAACUUUAAAGAAAGAAGAGCUUUCUUUGGAAGCUGUGAAGCAGUACAAAGUUUACUGUCCUGAUGAGCUGGAUAAAAUUGAGGUGAUCAGGUCUAAGAUAUUUGACCUAGGAGAUUACAUUGGACAGACAAUAAUAUUUGUACGGUCAAGAAAUAGUGCCAAAAUGCUGCAUGAAGAACUUGUUCGAGAUGGUCAUUCGGUUACUACCGUACAUGGUGCCCUCAGCAUUGAAGACAGAGACAAAAUAGUCAAAGAGUUCAAAGAUGGUUUAACCAAAGUUCUCAUAUCAACUGAUCUCCUCGCUCGAGGUUUUGAUCAACAGCAGGUUAAUUGUGUUGUCAAUUAUGAUCUUCCAAUCAAGCGUGUUGCUUCUUCAAGCACACGGGAUACUCCAGAGCCUGAUUAUGAGCUCUACUUGCAUAGAUGUGGCCGGGCAGGUCGUUUUGGGAGCAAGGGAGCUGUGUUUAACUUGCUUUGCCUUGAUACGGAUAAGCUGGUCAUGGCUAAUAUCGAGCGCUACUAUAACAUCCAAGUACCAGAGGUAAACACUUGGAACAGUGAACGGGCUUUUCAAGGGGCUCUAAGAGCUGCGGGGUUACUGUAA